AUGGCCGACGAGAACGAGACGGAUCUGGCCACCUGCUACGAGGUGAUGGCGGAACGGGUAGAGGAUGGCGGUGCUGGCGGUGGUCGCCGUGGAGGUGCAGGCGGGAAGAGGGGCGGUGCGAAAGGCGGACGAGGAGGCGGAGGCGGAGGAAGAGACAAGCGCGAGGUGGACUUGUCCCGGGCGCUGUCGAGGCUGCUGAGGCAUCAGGCGGCGAAUGCGGGGAUUCAGUUGGACCGGGAGGGGUUUGCGCCGUUGGAUCGGGUGCUUCAAUGGGGACCCCUCCGCUCGCUGGCACCCAGCUUCGCCGAGAUACUCAACGCGGUCCACAACAGCGACAAGCAGCGCUUCGCCAUCAAGCCCAACGCGGCCACCAACCCUUCGCUCGACGAGUCGUCGACCGACCCGUCCCACUGGCUCAUCCGCGCCAACCAGGGCCACUCCAUCAAGCUCGACAGCGAGCACCUGCUCAAGCCGCUCGCCCUGCCCUCCGAAGGAGACGGCGGCGGCAGCAGCAGCGUGCCCAUCCCGUCCGCGGUCAUCCACGGCACCUACUUCGCCUUCUGGCCCGCCAUCGUCGCCAGCGGCGGCCUCAAGCCCAUGGGUCGCAACCACGUGCACUUCAGCACGGGUCUGCCCGAGGACAGCGGCGGCGAGGCCGGCGUGAUCAGCGGCAUGCGCCGCGACGCCGAGCUGGCCGUCUACGUCAACGUCGAGGCCAGCAUGCGCGAGGAGGGGAUCAGGUGGUGGAUGAGCGACAACGGCGUGGUGCUGACGGAGGGCAACGCCGACGGGCUGGUGCCGGUCAAGUACUUUAAGGAGGUGGUCGGGCGCAGGCAGGGGGUUGGCGUGCUGUGGAAGGAUGGGGAGUGGGUGGCUGAUUUGCCGGAGGGGUUGAAGAUCCAGGCGCCGCAGGGGAAGAAGGGGGGCGGAAGGGGAGGGGGAGGGAGAGGGGGAGGGAGAGGGGGUAGAGGUGGAAGGGGAAGAGGGGGGAAGUAA